CUGGAUUCUAUUGGCUCUGACGGUCCCAGACAAUUGCGCAUGCGCAAAGUGGGUCUGUGUCUUCAUCUUCAGGCUGGAAGAUUCUCUGAUAGUGGACCGUUUUGGACGGAAUCUGGCGGUAACAGCUCAAACGAUAUUUUAUGAAGAACAGGACCUGAAAGUCCCCUUCAAAGACCAGAACAAUGUGGACUAGAGCGGUGUGGAGAGAGGAGACUAUGGAGAUGGAGGAAAUGAUACCAUCAUGUUGGGUUAAGAAUGGUGGUGUAUUGUGGCCUACACAAGGAGCUGUGAGAGCGUUGAAGGCCUGCAAAGAACCAGAAGAGUCAUGGACUAAAUUCCCAUUAAUAAAAAUGAAGAUUCAGUCAGAUGACAAGAAUGAAUGCGAGAAGUAUGAUUUUACUACAACUGCUGAAUUAAGUGGCUCAGAAGAGGAGUUACCGACGAAGAGGAGGCCAAAAAAAAUUUAUCCCGACUACCAAAUUGAUGAACCAUCUGUCAAUGAAGACAGUCAAAAAGAAUCUUCUCCAGGUCUUAUGAUAAAGAGUACAGGUGAAAAGGCUACCAAAAAGAUUCAAACAUUUAUUCCUUGUGAAGACGACUUUGUUCUUCCAACUCCUCCCAAAAUGAACAAUGCACAGUCUGGUAAAUAUGGCACAACUACCAACACAAUGAAAAGACGCUGCAUCCUGCAAAUACAAGUAAUGGGAAUCAAGCCAAGAAAAGACUAACAAAAGAUGACUUUGUUCUUCCAACUCCUCCCAAAAUGACAGAUUCA